AAAAAAAAAAAUUAAAGAGGAAGACGUAGUCAGACUCAGACUCUCUCUUCUCUCUUGCAUACAAAUCUAGCGCUUUUCAAUCUUUCUUCAAGUUCUUCUUUUGUUGUGGCAGAGAAAAGAAAAAAAAAAAUUCACUCUGAAAAACAAGAGGAUAAAGAAGAAACAUGGAAUCUCUGCAUGUUACGUAGAAAAUCUUUAAAGUGCAAUCCAGGCUUACGUUAGUCCCACAACUCCCCACAAGAUUUUGGUUUUUUGUUUCCUUUUAUCCUUCCAAACAAAAUAUAUAUACACAUAUACAGAGAUACCUAUUCGAUAUAAUUCAUAUACUUCCACAAAGGGGGCCGGGGCAGUAAUGAUGGCCGCUAGGCUUCUUUUAACGUUUGUUAUUUGUAUAUUAAUUGUUACCGUGGGAUUGACUGUUGAUCCAAUGGAGCUUCUCCGCCUGGGAGUCGAAGGGCGGCUGAGCCUGGACCCGUCCGAUGUGAAAACGGCUUCACUUGAUUUCGGUAUGUUAAGCCGGGCGGAGCCAUUAGCAGUUUUGCACCCGGCUUCCGCAGAGGACAUAGCUGGGCUAGUUAAAGCUGCCUAUGAGUCUACCCAUGGCUUCACAGUCUCUGCCAGGGGUCAUGGGCAUUCCAUAAACGGCCAGGCGCAAACAACUCAGGGGGUUGUGAUUCAGAUGAGUGGCUCGAGAGAAAAGCGGCUGGUCUCCGGAAAGCCGGCUUUGCCUCUGGUUUACGAGAAGGAAAAGUAUGUUGACGUUUGGGGAGGAGAACUUUGGAUAGAUGUGCUAAGGAGUACGCUAGAAUAUGGACUGUCACCAAAGUCAUGGACUGAUUACUUGUACCUUUCUGUGGGUGGUACUUUGUCUAAUGCGGGGAUUAGUGGCCAGGCUUUCAAUCAUGGCCCCCAGAUUAGCAAUGUCCAUGAGCUUGACGUCGUUACAGGCAAGGGAGAGCUGUUGACAUGUUCAGAAGAGCAAAACGCAGAGCUAUUUCAUGCUGUUCUUGGGGGUCUAGGGCAAUUUGGAAUCAUCACUCGAGCUAGAAUCAGUCUUGAGCCAGCUCCUCAAAGGGUGAGGUGGAUCAGAGUAUUGUAUUCCAAUUUUUCGUCUUUUACAGAAGACCAAGAGUAUCUCAUCUCUCUGCAUGAACAACCCGCCAGCAAAAAAUUCGAUUAUGUUGAAGGUUUCGUCAUUGUAGAUGAAGGGCUUAUCAAUAAUUGGAGAUCAUCUUUCUUCUCCCCUCGAAAUCCAGUCAAAAUCACCUCUCUUAAUGCUGAUGGGGGCGUCUUAUAUUGCUUGGAAGUCACCAAAAACUACCAUGAAUCUACUGCUGACACAGUCGAUCAGGAAGUAGAGGCUUUGUUGAAGAAAUUGAAUUUUAUACAGACGUCAGUUUUCACGACGGAUCUGCUUUAUGUGGAUUUCUUGGACCGGGUCCACAAGGCGGAGAUGAAGCUCCGGUCCAAGGGUUUGUGGGAUGUGCCGCACCCUUGGCUAAACCUUUUUGUACCCAAGUCAAGAAUAGCUGACUUCGAUAAGGGCGUUUUCAAGGGCAUCUUGGGCAAUAAAACUAGUGGACCUAUUCUCAUCUACCCCAUGAACAAUAACAGAUGGGAUCAGAGCAACUCGGUGGUGACUCCAGAUGAGGACGUGUUUUACCUCGUUGCUUUGCUAAGAUCAGCUUUGGACGGAGAUGAGAUCCACAGUUUGGAAUACCUGAGCAAUCAGAACCGUCGGAUCCUGAACUUCUGUGAUGAUGCGGGAAUCAAAGUGAAACAGUACUUGCCUCAUUACACUACACAAGAGGAGUGGAUGGACCACUUUGGAGAAAAAUGGGGUCAGUUUUAUGAGAGAAAAUUGGAAUUUGACCCGAGGCAUAUUUUGGCCACAGGCCAACGAAUAUUUCGACCUUCCUUUACAGCUUCUACUGUGGCCUUAUAGUUCAGUAUGUUAGGAAUAUUCUUAUUGUUGUAAAUAAAAUGGAAUAAAGGAGAAAUGUGGAAAAUAAAUUUUGUUAAAUGAAUGAAGAAGGUAUUGAAUUAUCACCCACUA